AGUAGAAUAUCGCAGUCUCCAGUUUUUACAUUAUACCUCAACAUAUAAGGAAGUUGGAUUAUAUUUUCAAAAUGCAUAUUUAGCAAAGUACAUAACCAAACCAAGCACACGAGUUUAAGAAAAAAAAAAUAUAUAAAAGCGGACUCGGCAGGUGUCCGUAGCAUCCUUGGGACUAGCUGAAAUUUAAAAUGGUUAAGGGUUAUGGUAUGGAUAUCCCAAGGAUCCCGAAUAGCACUGGUCUUCUUAUUUUACCUCAGGGGGCUUCAAACACGUAAACAUUACCCCGGUUGUAUCAUUGGCGGAAAGCUUUCGGCGCGGCGACCUCUAACCAAUCAGCGAAUUGUUUUCCUGUCCCGGAAUGUAAUAAAUAUCGCGGACGAAGAAAUAGUGAGGGAAAGGACAAAUAUAAACAAUUUUAGGACUAUGUGGAAUUAUAAACCAAUACAUUCUUCAAUAUAACGUUAAUACUUUAUUAUUAUCCACAACUAUUGCUAAAUUGAUAUCUAGCUUUUAAGAGAAUGGGGCCGUGUUGUGAUACGAAGAACACACGUAAGGUAAGCUAGCUCACUUUAGGCCUCUAGCUAAAUUUACGCGGAAAAGGAGGGCAAGUAGCUAGCCAAACUAGCUUGCUAACUGUUUAUAGAAAAUAAUAGCUUGUAAUUUGUGCAACGAACAAGUUAGCCAGUCACGUCUAAGCAAGCAAUUCCCCUACCCCCUAACUCAUUUGUGGUGUAUUGCUUUAGCUAGUAAGUUAAGGUUAAUUAGCAAAAAUGAGCGAAAAAACGAGCUGCAGCAAAAAGUCUGCAGUCUCCGCACCGAAGAAACGAUGUCCGUCCCCUGAUCAGGCUGGUGAGGCCCCGCUUCAUAGUAAGUUAGCCAAAGUGGGCGACGACGUGUCCAGUGAAUUAACAUCGAAUUCUCAUGGAAACAAAAAUGGGGAAGAUGGCGAUAAAGUAUCAGCCAAGGAAGAGAAGAAUAAUAGAAAUUACGAGAGUGGACUAGACGCUGAUGCACAUGUCAGCGUCGCCGAGAGUGCACCAGUCUCUCGCGAUCCAAAGAAAGUAGACACCGGGGAAAGUGCUGGUGCUGAGGAUUGCCGACCCUCAACUUCACUGGACCAGUCUGAUUCGGCCGCAAUAGCAGCCGCCAAGGCACUUGCUAGUUUCACAAGAGCAACUACAGAUGAGGCGAAACAAACGUCCUGCUCCUCCAAAAAAGUUGUACAUCAUGAGAGACUGAGCCACAAAGUUAAGCGUGGUGACCAUGAGUCCUCAAAGGAACGGGCAAAACCUGAAAGGGGUCUUCACACGCAGGCAGCAGCGGCAGACAGCUCUACCUCACUGCGUGGAGUUGACAGGGAGGAUGCUGAGGACAUGCCCGAUGAGGAUGACGACUCAAUACCUGGAUCAUCCUCCACGCCAAGUUCCUCAUUCCCAUCAGAUAAUGACGAUGACGGGGAGUGCGCCAUAGUAUCAGUGAAGAUGGCCCCAGAGAUCCGACAAUCAUUGUCCCUUCUGGCACAGGUACAGAUGAGGCUGGAUACUCUGGAGAAGAAAGGUGCGUGGCUCCACCAGCGGUUAGAGCUGAAGAUGAGCUGCCAGCGCCGUCCACACCUGGACCAGCGCAGCUCAAUCACCCAAGCCAUCCCUGACUUCUGGGUCACGGCAUUGUUGAACCACCCUCAUCUCUCUGCUCACAUCGACGAAACCGAUGAAGACGCUCUCAGUUACAUGACCAACCUUGAAAUUGAAUCCUUCAAAAACAACAAGCUUGGCUACAGAAUCGGGUUCCACUUCAGGCGGAACCCUUACUUCCAAAACGUCAUCAUAGUGAAGGAGCUCCACCUUGGAAUGGGAGGAUCUCCAGUGUCUUUCUCUGACCCCAUCCUGUGGUACCGCGGGCAGAACCUGACGCUCCACAGUGAACCCAGGAGAUCGGGACGUGGCAUUUACCAGACCUUCUUCAGCUGGUUCAGCGACCACACCAGCCCUGGCCGGGACGAUAUAGCACAGAUACUGAAGGAUGACCUUUUCAGAAACCCUCUGAGAUACUACCUGACUCCACUGUGGGAACCCAGGCAGAAUGGCAGCACCAGUGGGCCCAAGCCAGCUGACAACAGCAACGGGGAUGAUUGUGUGGUGAUCUCCGACUCGGAUGAUGACGAAGACCAGGCUGAAGAGCAGGCUAAGCCUGGACGAGGUCAUAGCAGGGAAGAGGAGGAUGAAGAUGAGGACAAGGUGCAUGGGGGCCAAGAUGCAGGGUCUGAUGACAGCGGCCAGGAGGCCAGAGAGGAUGAGGAUGAGGACUCGUUCGGAGAGAAGGAUGAAGCGGUGGAUGAAUUACGAGGUCGCGAGGUUCGAGACCAAGAUGACGAGGAGGAUAUUGAGGUGGACGAAGAAGAGGACGAGUGCUAAGAUUGUUCAUUUUUCACAGUUUCCUUUUUUCUUAUUAUGCACAAAAGCAAAAUGAUUAAUACAUUCUAAGUUCCUCAUUGCCUUUUUAAAAUCAGGGUAAAUUAAAAAAGCAGAGACAUCAUGUUUUGAUCUCCUAUUGGUCAGCCCACCUUUUGAGUACUUUAACUUGGUGAAAAAAAUACUUUGUUUCACCUUUAACAUUCUGUCAUAAAGAGCACAUGUUAAAAAACAUGUUUUUGGACUAUAGCAGGUGCCUGAUAAGUGACAAGUAAAGUAACAGGGUUGAUUUUAUCUUAAAUUAGCCAUAAAAUCCCUCUUAACAGGGAGAAUGGAAGCUUGUCUUGUGCAACAGGGAGGGGCAAUUUGAAUGCAAGCUUCACCCCAAAAAAUGAAAUUGUUAAAACAUUUCUAGUGUCAACCCUGUUACCCAUAGAUAGACAUGUUAUGCUCAACCCGUAUAGUUUUCCACCACAAAACUCUAGAAAUUUGCCAAAAAUAGUUGAACCAGCUCACCUGCUUUUGUGCACAAUUUCUACUUAAAAUAUCACAGGGAUGCAAAAGACACUCAUUUCGUCGAACGACCCGUAUAUUUUAGUGUAGUCUGUUUUGAUUUUUGUUUGAAUUUUAGAUCCCAGUAAUAAAGAAUCUAAGGAGCCAUGCCUAUAUCUUAAUUCUGCAUCGUGAAAGGUAUUAGUUCUUGAGUCAUUCACUCUUGUUGAUAGGGCUGCUCAACACAAAAUGGAAAGAAAACUAAUACAAUCGUAUUAAAUGAGGUUUGAGACUGCGAAAAUUUGAGAGCAUCUCUUGUUGCAAGUAGUUCUAUAAAACAAUCCUAGAUAUUUUACUGACCGGUAUCAGUGAUCACGUCUUGAACUUUUCCUAUUGCAAAUCUCAUCUUUGACGAAGUAAAAAGGUGAUUUUAUUUUUUUGUUGAGGGGUUGUAAUCAUUUACAAAACAUGUCUCGGAUGCACUUCAUACUGAACCAAAUCUUGUUCUCAGGGAUGACGUAGUCGUGGGUGUUUUCAUGGAAGGAAACGGAUUUAUUUUAGAGACCGUAUAAGGUUUUCUUACACACCUACCAUUGUUUGGGUGUAUCUGUGUAAAAGAAGUUUAUUCUACAGUAGUUUGUUAGUUUAAGGUAAAUAUAGGUAAUGUGUCACCUGUGUUUUGCCUUUUCUAUCAUAAACUUAGUGUGUAGCUCUACACCCAUAUUCACAUUUUCUAGUCAUUGUAUUCAUUUAUAUCAUUUUAAAGCUGGAAUCCUUCAUGGCGAAACAGCUACGCCCGUUUGCGAUAUUACAACAAAGAAGUUACUGCAAAUAAAAUAAAUCCCAUCUCAGAUGUCAUUGCAAGCGCGAUUGAAGAGCACAAUAUGUACUGCAAUGCUUUACUGCUCCUCAGCCAGUGGCGCUGUUUCCCCGCUACUCUGGAUUCCAUCUUUAAAUAUAUUUUAACAAAUUGAUUGAGAUGUGUGAAAUCCAACAUUUUGACAUGAAUUGUAAUAUUUUGAGCUUGUUGCAUUGUUUUUGUUUUUAUCUUUUAGAAACUGGUAUCCAUCACAUUUAGUUUUGUUUUAGUUUUUUUUGCAAUAAGUAAAGUUAAGUCACGAUGAUGUUUGAAUGGUGUGCUGUUCAGAGCGAAUAUUUGCAUUGAUUGUUGCUUCAAAGGCAUUGAUGAGUGGUCUGACGAAGUAGCAUAACUGUAGCCAAGGGUUGCUCUUAAACUACUGUAGCAAUACUAGUGCUUUUAUGUUAUUUCUUUUCCACACAGACUGGUGGCAUUGGCAUGUACAUAUUUAAAGUUAACCUUUUGUGCAGAGUUCAGAUCUGUUAAGCUUAAAUCGUUAUCUGUAACCAUCUGGAAUUUGAAAUAUAGUGUACAUUAACAAAGUUAUAUUUUGUGUGCUGAAUUUUAUAGUAUGCUGUAGUUUUGAAGAAAGUGUUUGUUAGUUUUUUAAGAUGUCCACAUUUUGAAUCAGACUUAAUUAAAUAGCAAGUUAUUUGU